AUGGAAGAUAUACGUAAUUGGACAGCACGAAAUUACUCACAAUUUUGGGGACGUACAUUGGACGAUGGGAUACGUCAUCGUCUCGGAACACUUUUUCCGGAACGAAGUGUUCAGAAUAUGAAUGAAAUGGUUGUCAAACCACGCGAAUUACCAACAAGUUUUGAUGCACGACAGAAAUGGCCCAAUUUCAUACAUGGAAUUCAGGAUCAGGGAGAUUGUGCCAGCUCAUGGGCGCAAUCGACAGCAGCUACAUCAGCUGAUCGUUUAGCGCUAAUAACGAACGGUCGACAGAAUGUUUCACUUUCCGUUCAACAAUUUCUGUCAUGCAAUCAGCAUCGGCAAAAAGGUUGCGAGGGUGGUUAUUUGGAUCGAGCCUGGUGGUAUAUUCGAAAGUUUGGAGUGGUGAGCGAAGAAUGUUAUCCAUACGUAAGCGGAACUACAAGAAACCCUGAAAUAUGCCGAAUACAAAAAUCCAAACACUCCAAUGGACAAAAGUGCCCAAGUGGACAUCAUAAUUCACGAAUGUACCGUACCACGCCAUCCUACAGAGUUUCAAGCAGAGAAAAAGAUGUUAUGUCUGAAAUAUUAACAAAUGGUCCGGUUCAAGCAACAUUCCUUGUUCAUGGAGACUUCUUCAUGUAUAGUGCCGGAGUGUAUAAACAUUUGCCAACAACUAAAGAAGAACCAGAAGGAUAUCAUUCAGUACGACUUCUCGGAUGGGGUGAAGAUUACUCGACAGGCAUACCGGUAAAAUAUUGGAUUGCUGCUAAUUCAUGGGGUACUAAUUGGGGUGAAAAUGGUACAUUUCGUAUUUUACGUGGUGAAAAUCAUUGUGAAAUUGAAUCAUUUAUAAUUGGCGCAUGGGGUAAAGGAUUCAAAAAGCGCCGACGUUUGUUGAAAUUACGAAAAAUACGGCGACGAUUCCGGAUGAUAUAA